CUGAACACUGUUGACCAGAAAUGCAUAUUCAUUCACAAUGUUGAUUCAAACAUGAUAAUACUGCUAAUGCUUGUUACCCGAGCUAACGGCUUGCCUCGUAUCAAUCCGCAGCGGGGUCCUUUUAGGACCUGGCUAGCGAGUUUAGCUUGUUUUCUGGCAAUGAUUCCCUUGCUAAAUAUGGCGCUUUGCAUAUAAGGUCCACCGCUCACACAUGAGAAACACUUAAAGUAAAUAGUUAGCAGCCUUGUUAACGUUAGCUGGUAGCUCGUCCGAACGGCUGCCCUUUCUCGGUUGGAGUCAACGAGCUAAUGCGAAUGUAGCGUUAGCGUAACAGAAUAGCUAGCUCAAUAUUGUUGAAAAACAAUGCAUACUCCAACCGAACUAGUUUGUCGCCGAAUAAUACCAACAUACUCCUAGUUGGAGGAUAUUUGUUUGCCCAAAUAUGAUCUCAAACUUCGAUUUUCACUUGCCGCCACAAAUAAUAUGUGAGCAGCUAAGACCAGGCUAAAAGCUAAGUCCAUCGUGGUGGGUGUGUUUAUAUCAGUAACGGGAUAUUAUCAAUCGUCCACUACUGCGGGUUGGCCACCUGUCCCUGAACACUAUAAUGCCCCAGUGUUUGCAGCAUCUGCAGUGAACGUGAUGGCAGCCCAGUCGGUUUCCAUAGACAAGUAUCCAAAGGGAGAGCAGCAGAUGCAAGGUGUGGUAAAAGUAGACAGUGAUUCAGAGCAGAAGUUUGAGGGGACGUUGGCAGAGGUGCCCAGCCCGGCAACAACAGAGCCGCAGACACCCAUGGACGCGGACAAAGCCUCCAUAUAUCGACAUCCCCUGUUCCCUCUGUUGGCCCUGCUGUUUGAGAAGUGUGAACAGUCCACACUGAGCUCUGAAUGCAUUACCUCGGCAAGCUUUGAUGUGGACAUUGAGAACUUUGUCCGCAAUCAGGAGAAAGAGGGCAAACCCUUCUUCAGCGAGGACCCUGAACUCGACAACUUGAUGGUUAAAGCCAUCCAGGUGCUGCGGAUUCACCUGCUGGAGCUGGAGAAGGUGAGUGACCUGUGCAAGGACUUCUGUAGCCGCUACAUUGCCUGCCUCAAGACGAAGAUGAACAGUGAGACGUUGCUCAGUGGGGAGCCAGGCAGCCCAUAUUCCCCUGUACAAGGCCAUGGCCCGAGCCUCUCACCCACCAAGCCCCAGAACCCCAGCUCCAUCUCAGGGACCAUCAGUCCCCAGGGUCAAAUAGUGGUUCCAGCAUCAGCCCUACAGCAAGGGAACGUUACCGUGACAGCCGUCAACCCCACCCAGGUGGUCGCAGGGAUGUCAUCAUGGCAUACAACCCCUCCUUCAGGUGGCACAGUGUACCAGCCAGUUACAGUUGUCACUCCCCAGGGCCAGGUGGUGACACAGACACUUUCUCCUGGGACAAUACGUGUCCAAAACAAUCAGCUCCAACUGCAGUUUCACCAGGACUUGAAUCUCUUUAAUCAUGAUGACAAUUCAACGAAGAACAAGCGUGGUGUUCUACCCAAACACGCCACCAAUGUCAUGCGCUCAUGGCUCUUCCAGCACAUUGGGCAUCCAUAUCCAACAGAGGAUGAAAAGAAACAGAUAGCUACUCAGACAAACCUGACACUUCUGCAAGUCAACAACUGGUUUAUAAAUGCACGGAGGCGGAUCCUGCAGCCCAUGUUGGACGCAAGCUCCUCUGACACACCCAAAACCAAGAAGAAAACGCCUCAAAACCGGCCACUGCAGCGCUUCUGGCCUGAUUCCAUUGCCACUGGGGGAGGCAGCCAGCAGCAUGUGACUAUGCCAGAUGGUACGAUGGUGACGAUGAAUGUGGAAAGUCUACAUAGCCUGACAUCAGAUGGUGCUACACUGGCGGUACAACAGGUGAUGCUGGGAGGCCACAGUGAAGACGAGUCAGGAGACAGCGGAGAUGAGGACGAUGAUGCAGACAUGGCCGGGCUGGGCCUGGACAACAGCGACUCACUGCAGUAGAGGACAUGCUCCCUCACUCACGGAUCUACACGUACACACAAGUCAUGCGUAAAAUGUUCUACACAAUACAUGUACAUUCUCAAACACACAUGAAUCAUAGUACAGACAUAAAUUAGGUUUACAUAGAGCACAAAAUGGGACAUAACAGAAGCUGUCCUGCAUUCUUCCAACCCUUCGCCCUGCUGAACGGCGUUUUUGCUGUGUGUGUGUGUGUGUGUACAUCAGGAGUUUCAUUUCAGAAACAGUUUUUUUUAUUGUUUACUUGAUGUAGGCGAGUGCACUUUUUUAUAUUUAAGCUCAAAAAGAUUAAAUCAAACAAACAGGAGAAAAAAUAAGUGUUAAAAACACCCAAAGCAAGUUUGUAUGCACCGUUAAUAAAUGCUGAGUGAUAUGAUUUUUUUCCUUUGCCCCUGUUCCCCAUUUUCCAGCUGAUUUCACAUUUUGGAUGCCAACACUUAAAAGUUGUAUCUGUAAGGGAUUGUCUUCACUUUUUGCAUGCUUGUGUUUUGAGUAGAUGUGCACACUCUCGACCGACUCCACAGCUCUCACACGGGCCCCUGCAGGCCAAGCAGAACCCAAGUGAAGAGAUUGAGGGAAAAAAGAGAUGCUUAUUUUUAUAUACAAAAAUAUGAAAUUAGUGGGGGUUUUCUUUGUUUUUUGUGUUCUCCUGUUUUGUAAGGAGUAUUCAUGUACAGAUUCAUAAUUACAGGUAGCAACCCUGUUUUCCAGGGUUCUUUGAUGUUUUCUAAAAAACAGAAAAAGAAAUUGAAUGCUGACGAAAAUUGCUAUUUAAAUUGGUUUUAAAUUUACAAUACUAACAAGGCCUUAUGUGUGUUCUUUUUUAAAUAAUUUUUUCAAGAAGCACAAAAAGAAAGUCUGACCCUUGCUGAAAUUGGUCAAAUAGACACUAAACAGCAGAACACUUGUGGCUCUGUAAAGUAUUGUUAAUAAUUUUCCUUCUUGUGCUGCAGCAUCAGUUAUCUGACACAGUAACCUGACUGUAGUUCUUAGAUUUUAAAAAAAUACAGCUCCACUUUUAUCCACAUGGUGUGUACCAUACAUUACAUUUUUUAAUCAGUCUACAUUAAUAGUGUAGGCAUCACUUUCUCAAAUGCACAAUCCAGAACACUAUGCUAAUCACACAAUCACAAGGGUCUGAGAUGGAAACGCAUUGGAGGGUAGUCUCCACAGUGAGAUAUGAACUCCAUCAAGAAGCAGUGAACUUUUUGCACGCCUUGAACUUUUAUUUAUGCAUACAUACAUGCUACUGCAGUGAGAGAGCAUGUGGAAAGUUGGACUCUGCUCAUUGCCAGCCUGAAGGACUAAGCGCUGCAGCCUCUGUUGGUUCCCCUGUUACUACAGACACAUGUAGUUUAACAUUUGAAAUGUCCUUAUCAGUUUUUUUACAGCACAAAUUGGGGUGCCUCUUGUUUAAAUAUUUGUAAUAUUGUACUGUACAACAGUUGUCUGUCAAUAGUUGCAGUUACCUAGUUUAUAUCCCUCUUUUAAAGUUGAGACUUGAUUGGUUAAGUUCAUGUGGCCUGAGGUUGCAGAGACUCUGGGUAGGCCCUUGCUGAGCUCUUGGUCCCUCACUUGCGUCCAUCUUGCUUUUUAUGACGCUCUGUUAACUUUUCAUGUCUGUUUUGCCUUAGAGCUUUCUAUUUUGGAAUAAAUGAUGCCUAACUC